UUGAUAGUAAAAUUAGCAUCGAGUUACACUGACAUAUCUUGUAUUGGUUAUUUGGUAUCUAUUAUUGCUUAGUACAAUGUUAUUCGUAAAUGUAUUGAUUUGUUCGGCAAUUGUUUUUAUAAGUUACUUUUUUUGGAACUGCUGCCAAAAAGUGUUUUUUAUCAGAAGAUUAGAUGGUAUACCAGGACCAAAGACAUUGCCACUUAUUGGAAAUUUCUAUCAUUUACUGAAAAAAGGUUUAUAUGAAGACUUUAUAAAUGUUAUAUUAAGACUUCUGAAAAAUUAUCCAUCCCUUUGUCAACUUUGGGUAGGCAGCAAGUUAUUCAUUGUAAUAUCCAAGGCAGAUGAAGCAAAAACUGUCUUAUACAGCAAAAAUUGCAUGGAUAAAGGUACAAUAUACAGAUUUGUUUCACCGUUAUUUGGAAUGGGAUUACUCACUGCUCCUGAAUCUAUAUGGACUCGAAUAAGGAAAAUGACUGCACCAACAUUUAAUUCACACAUGAUGCAAAAUUUCUUUAAUACGUUUGCUAAACAAUCCGUAAUACUUACAGAUGAAUUAGAAACAGUUGGAUUAAAUGGAAAUGAAAUUAUCCAUGUACAUUAUAUAGAAAAUUGUACUUGGAAAAUUGCAUGUGAUUCUCUAAUGGGUGUUCUAUUGGAACCAAAUAAAAACGUUCAAGCUGUAAACGCACUGCAGAAGUAUGUAAUAUUUUUUUUCUAAUUUUAAAUACUCUUGUAU